AUCAACAUAUCUAGGUAUCUCCUUGUUAAAAGUUGCAUUGAAGUCCUUUUUCCCAACUGUGAGAUUGUUGCAUUUACCACUGAGAUAUACAUUCUGUCCUGUCGGAAGACGAAUUUGUAAUAUGUUCUCGCUGCUCAAACGCGUGUACACUUCUUUCAGCCCUCCUGAGGCUGAGAAAAAGAAAGAUGCUAUCAGAUUUGGUGUCUUUGGGGCUGCUAAGAUCACGCCUAUGGCGUUGAUUACGGCGGCCAAUUCACAUCCUGAAGUUAUUGUGCAAGCAGUCGCCGCUAGGGAUCGUGCCCGUGCUGAAGAAUUCGCCAAGAAACACGGUAUCCCUGAUGUUCGGGAUACUUAUCAGGACAUUCUGGAUGACCCAGACAUCGAUGCCAUUUUCAUCCCACUGCCUAAUGCCCUUCAUUACGAGUGGGCCGUCCGCUCUAUUCGCGCGGGAAAGCACGUCCUCGUCGAGAAACCGUCUGUCGAUAAUUCUACUGAAGCGAACAUGCUCUUCAACAUACCGGAACUGUCGGCCGAGCCCAACCCCCCAGUGCUUCUGGAAGCCUUUCACAACCGCUUCCACCCCUCUGUGCAGAAAUUCCUGACCUUCGUCACCCCGGCGGACGUUGUACAUGUUUACACCGACUCUAUGGUCCCAUGGUGGUUCGUGAGCAAGGAUGACCUGGAGUACAAUUACAAUAUGGGCGGUGGCAGUAUCAUGGCGUUGGGGACAUACAACUUUGCGCUGAUGCGCAUGAUCUUUGGGGGAGAGCCAGAAGAGUGCCUAAGCUGCGAUACCCAGGUGCUCGGCGACGGUGUCCACGACCGGUGCGAUUACACUUUCAAGGCCCAGUUCCGGUUCCCCAACGGUAUCGGCGAGGCUACGACCACCAUCCGAGGCCCCAUUCUGUGGAAGCCAUCUGAGGCUAGGGUUACGCAUAAAGAAGUUGUCGUGCCUGACAAGACGCUUCUGGACACACAAGAGAAAGUCCGUACGCGGCAGGUCACGCUCCACGGGUGUAUGCAUGCUGUCCUGUGGCAUCGUAUUGACGUCAAGGACUCGUAUGUGAUCCGAAACAAAGCGGAUGGCCGACCAAUCAGAUCGUGGGUCGAGUCAAACUCCUACAAGGCCUACACUCAUAGGGACGCUGGUGGUGAAUUCGCUGACCAGGCUGGGGAGGAUUGGUGGAUGUCCUAUCGAUACCAACUCGAAGCCUUUGUCAACCGCAUCAAAGGUCGAAAGACUCAUUAUUGGGUCACUGGAGAAGACUCGGUGAAGCAGAUGAGGAUGGUUGACAUGGCAUACGAAAAGAGUGGACUGGGGGUUCGGCCCACGAGCUCGUUCCGCUAGCAUACAUGGUGGGCUGGCAAGGUGUACUGUGUGCAAACACCCUAGAGGGACGGGAAAAGAUAAUUGGGUAGAAGCAUUAGAUCGCCUCGAUCUACACUAUUUGGAAAGUUUCCAAUGUGUAUUUACCUCCGGAUCAUGUUUUGACGCCAAUGGCAGAACGACCUAGGAAACACUUGAGCCCCAAUGACCUUUCAAGCUCCACUACCACCUCCCACCUAGGCCCAAGCAGGAGGAAGGUUCACAACAGUUGAACAAAAGGUAAGGCGACAAAAGUGGACCGUUUAGCUAGAAAUUAGGGAGGGGGAGACCAUGUAAAUUACAGCCACUGUGAGUUGGCCUUAAUUAUUCAAUCAUGCAUAUGCACAGCU